AUGACGACGAUCGGGAGCAAGUCAAGAAGCAACAAGGACAAGUCGGUGGAUUCCGAGAAGAGUGAAGCGAGGACGACGACGAUGGAGAGCUGGGCAGAUGCGAUGCAGAAUCAGGUAACGCUGAGAGAGCGAAAGAAGCUUGUCAAAGGUUAUGCUGAUUUCAUCGGAACCAGUGAGACAGUCGUGGAGAGUGUGCGAAAAAUGGACGAAAGAGCAGGCGGAAUUCGAGGAAAAUCUGUAUCGAACAAGCAGAGAAAAAGAGGUGUUGGUGGCGAAGCUCGAGGAAGCGUGGAAAGCCGCCGAAAAGGCAGAGGAAACGAUCGAGGAGCUGGAAAGGGCACUGCUGAAGGAAAGGAAAACGUCGGAAAAAUGGAGAAACCAAUUGGAGCACGCGGAAGGUUCAUGCAAGGAGAUCGCCGUCAAGGAGUUCUAAUGGUUCGUCGGUGGAUUGGCCCGAUGAGAGAAAGGAGAGAAAAAACGAGCAGUGUGGGGGAUUUUCCGGAAGGAAGUGUGCGAGUCAGCGAAAGAAGAAAGUGUGAGCGCGACAGUGAGAGAUGUUCGCGAGUGUCACGGGACAGUUCGCGAAUAAUGGUGGAGUGUCUGAGCAGAAUGAUAAGGGCGUCAGCUCUGCCAGAGCCUGAGAAGUUCGACGGGAAAGGAGACGUCAAAGAAUUCAAGAGAUCGUUCCUGUUGAAAUACAAAGCGGUCACGGAGAAAGACGCAGAUAUGGUGCCGAUUUUAGAGGAUAAAUUUCUGAAAGAUGCUGCUAGAACGUUGUUCAAAACGCUGCCGAAUCGAUUCGAUCGAUCGAUCGAGUCGCUUUUCGAAGAGUUUGAAGAGAAGUUGAGAUGGAGGCAAGGAGAUCGUGAGGCGGAAGCUCUCAACGAGUUUGAGGAGCUGAAGCGAAAGCCGAAACAGCCGAUGUGGGAGUACCUGAUGGACGUGGAAAAGUGGUCGAAGCGAGCGUUUCCCCUUCUUGAAGAAGAGACAAUGUCACAACUGAGAGUCACGAAGCUUAUAAGAGCGCUAAGGGAGGACCCGACGAUGCAAAAGUUGAUGACGAUGAAGCGAUAUGAAGUGGCAAAAAAAAGACCAAAGCGCUUGAUGGUUAUCGACAGUGGCGCAGAAGUAUCGGUCAUGUCGACAAGAGUGUGGGAGGCACUGAAUAAAGGAUGUGAGAGCUGGAGAUUGAAAGGACAACUGAAGAUUCCAAUCAUGGUGAGAGGAAACAAAGCUAAUGUGUGGUUCCAACUGGUGGAAGAUAGAGCGGAAAUUCUCUUGUUGGGAACGAAUGCUUUUGAAAGUAUCGGUGUUGAGUUGGCGUGGAAGCCAAAGCAAGAAAAGCGCGUAAAGAAAGUGGGAAAAGGUCCAAAAGCGAAAUGGGAGGAAAAUACUGAGCGUGGGAAGAACAAUAAUUUUUGCAACAGGAAGCUGAUGGAAAAUGGUUGCGGAUGUCAAAAAGGAAAGUGCACAGUCCAAGAAGGAGACAACUUUUGUUCACGUGUGCAACAACUCGGAGUGGUGCUGUCAGCAAAAGGAAAAGGUGCACAAGUGACAACGGCUGAGAAGGUAGAAGCGUCGCGGAAGUUCGUCAAGGAGUGUCCGGAAGUGGUAGAGUCCGUGAUGAAAGAAGGAACAAACGGCGAAUGGGAAGAAGCGGCGAUGAAGAUCAGAGUGGCGCUGAAGAGUGAGAUGAAGCCAAAUAAGACAAUCAUCAAAGAGCCAGCAGUGAUAGCUUCCCCGAGAUUGAAAAUCUCGGGAAGAAGGAACAUUCUGGAAGUUCGGAAUUCGCAUGGAAGCGAUUUCAUGGAGAAGUACGAGUGGAAGAAGGUGAAGAAUGUGCUAUGGCUGUGGAGAGUCACAAAGGACAAGGGAUUUCAAGUGAGCUUGCUUGAAUUCUAA